CGGUCAGACUUAUUUAAACGGGCACGAGUACGUGCGCGUACCCGUAUUCUUUGUGUGGCAGCGUAGAGAAGCGCCAAAAGAGUGACCAUGGCUGAUGAAAAACCAAAGGAGGGUGUCAAGACAGAAAACAACGAACACAUAAACCUGAAAGUAGCUGGACAGGAUGGAUCUGUCGUCCAAUUCAAGAUCAAAAGACACACACCGCUCAUCAAACUCAUGAAGGCUUACUGUGAGAGACAGGGACUGUCGAUGAGGCAAAUCAGGUUCAGAUUUGACGGACAGCCAAUAAAUGAGACAGACACACCAGCACAGUUGGAAAUGGAAGAUGAGGAUACGAUCGACGUGUUCCAGCAACAGACGGGAGGUCUGAUCUAACCAACCACAGCUGCCACCUUUUCGCUUCCGACAUGACCGACUUCCCUGGCCCGUUCACACCCAGCGGCUGGCUCUUUGCAACUCGUCUAACAGUCUCAACUUAAUUCUUGCAGAAGAGGUUUUAAUUUCUCUGCUUCACAAAACUGCUGUAAAGAAUUUCUAUCCAUGUCCCCCCUGUUACUGUUUUUUUUGUCUUUGUACAUAAAUUACACCCUGAAAACAUUGUCUUUUUUUUUUUUUUUUUUUUUUUUUUUUACUUCAUGCUGUAUUGUGGUAAAUUUGUCGGAGAUUCCAUCCCAGUUUGAAGGGUUUGUUCUGCGUACACUCAGAAAGAUAUUCAGGGCAGGUAAAAAUGAAAAUCAUCUGAGCUGAUUAAAUACUGUUGUGCUAGGCUUGGUAAUUGUCUAGCACAUCUGUUCUUAAGCUAUUCAGCUUUGGGACCGACUGUCACUUGGUGAGCAGUGCACCCACUUUGGGAAAAUGACUUGGUUGCUGUUUAACUCUAUAAUCAGAUAUAAAAAAAAAAAAUAUUAUAUACUUUUUAUAUUGAACUGGAUGUUAAGAAUACUCAUUUCAUUUCACCACUUCAAACUUUGGGAAGGCUGAAGGGAUGUUUCAGUUAAAUAUACAUCUGUAUUGUUUAUUAAAAUGCCUGUUAAAAUAAAGUUAUUGUCUUUUUUU